AUGAAGUCAUUUCUGGAUCUUCUUCCUGUCGAAAUGGUCGACAAUAUUGUCAAAUUUCUCUCGACCCGUGACGCCAACAGCUUCGCUCAAACCUUUAUCAAAAAGGCUGUAGAGGCUGGCGCAGAUAUCAACGCACCCGACUGGUUAUCUUGCUUUCACAUACCUAAACGUUAUAAUAACGACCCCAAUGAAUGGUCGUUGGCGAAAGCGGCGAGCAAGGACGCAAAUGGUUCGCCACUUCACUUCGCCGCCUUGACAAACAACCUCGAAGCGGCUGAAUACCUCCUUCAAAAAGGUGCGACUCUUCACAACACCGGGCUUGCCAAUUGGGCACUCAACAUGUGCUCAUGCCACUACGAAGACGAAGAUAGAGUGGAACCUCAAGGCAAUUACUACGAAGAUUAUCUUGCCCUACCUUUACAUACGGCAGUCUGCCACGGAAGUCUUGAAGUCGCCAAACUUUUUUUAGAACACGGAGCCAGCGUCCAUCUCCAUAGUAUUCGACGUCAUUUAGCAGAGGCUGCUGCAAAGCAGAAUCACCCCAUUAAAUCGAACGAUAACCUCCUUCACGUACUCGUCUGGAAAGGCCCUGAUUAUCUGGCUUCGAUCGACUUGAUCGCACAAUCUCCCGAUACGGACAUUAAUGCAGAAGAGGCCUAUUCGAGACCGCACAAUACUGUCGUCAUCGAAAAGCUGGCGGAAUUUGGCGCCAUAGAGACAUGUGACAGACACUCGGAGAGUUGGAUUAUUGAAGGGUGUAUUUACGGGUGUAUUCACUUUGGCCUGUACGAUAACGCCUUGGCUCUUCUCAAAUAUUGCCUUCACGCCUCAGACUCCGAGGUCGGCAGGCUCAUCCGAUCGGAUGCCGUCCUACUCUUUGCCAAGGCUGUUACAUUCAAUGCACGUUUGGAGGAGCACCAUGUCAAGCAAGUCAAGCAGAUCAUCCGCAUGCUAGUCCAGGACUAUGGCCUGGAGCUCAACACUCGUCUCCCCCACACUUGUACCGAAAAGGACACGCCCCUGGAGCACCUGAUCGUCAGCAGCCCAAUGCCAGAAUAUCUGAUCCAGCUGCUGGUCGACCUAGGCGCUCGGCUUGAUAUUCGAAACGGAGAAGGCCACAAUCCUCUUGUGCGCUGUCUAUGGAUGGAGCAGUCGGUCACCAAAGCAGCUCAGAAGACUAAAGCUCGGAACAAAGCUCGGAAGAAGGGCAUCCGCGAGGGGGCAGAAGCGGGUUCUUCAGGAUCAUCAAUCAUUCGCCAGCAGACAAUUCGGGCGCUCAUUCAAGCCUGCAGCUGGGCGAACAUCAGGAUCGAUGAGAAGUACACGUGGGGAAAGGCAGAGCUGACGCUUUGUCGGAUUCUGGAGAUCCGGUUCCCGGGGUGGAAGCCCCCUGAAGGAUUGGGGAAUAAUAGGGCGUUGUGGAAAGAUCUUGUUCGGCACAUUGAGGACAGCUUGGAGCUGGGGUCUGAUUGA